AUGAAAAGCGGGUUUGAAAUUAAUAAGAAUAAAGAAGAAAUAGAUAAAAUAAAUGAAACACAGAAAGAAAAAAAGAAUGAAUUAAAAACCGAUGAGGGAAUGCACACCGAUCAGGUUGAUAAUGACCAGAAGGAUUACAAAGAAAUGGGCUACGAAAAAGUGAAUUAUCCAAAAUCAGGAUACAAAAAUGAUGAGUAUGAAAAUUAUGAGUUAAACAAAAGGGAGCCUGAUGAGGGUGUGCUCUCUAGUAUUAAUAGUAAAAUAGCUGGAGUAUAUCCACUUUGGAAAAUUGAAGAAGUAAAGGAAAACAACGAAAAGGACAUAUCUUAUAAUAAGGUUUACUCAAAUAAUAUACAGUAUAGUGAAACAGUAGGAAAUGAAUAUAUAAUAUUAGAUAGUUUUGUAAAAGAUGAAAGAAAAAAAAAGAAAAAAAGUAAAGAACAUAAUGAAGAGAAACAAACAACACAAAACAAAAAAGCCAAACAAAUAAAAAUAGAACAAAAUAUACGUAAUAAAUAUAGUCAGAUAUCAGGAUUAAAUACAACUAAUUAUUUAUUAAUUCCUGAUGAAAUACGACAUAAAUAUACAAAGACUUAUUUAUUUCAAAUAUCAAAACGGUUGCUUGUAAUGAAAAAACCUUGGAGGUUACCAAAAAAUGUAGAAUUACAAAUUAAUAAUGUAUAUCAUUUAUCAAAUUAUAUAAAGGUUUUAGAAAGAGUGUCAAAUGAGUAUUUAAAUGAUCCUCCUAUAAAUUGUUAUUAUAAAGGGUUAGAAUUAUAUAAUAAGAACGUGUUUGCAAAUGUAGAUUAUUUAUUAAAAAAAGUCGAUAUAAAAAAGUAUUCCAAAAAUAUAAAGCAUAAAAAUUUAAUAAAAAUAAAUGAAUGUUAUUAUGAUUUAAGUACAUUUGGGAAAUCACCAAAUUCUAUGCUUUAUCAAUCUUAUAUAAUUUGGGAUAUACAUGGUAAUUGCUUAAGUUUAGAACAAGAAUACGAUCAUUUUUUUGAUUCUCAGAUUAUGGAUUAUAAUUUUGGUGAAAAAGAUUAUCCAAAUUUAAAGUAUAUAUCUAGUAUUUGUAGUUCUAUAUUAUUUUGGUUGAAUUUAAAUCAGAAAGACAACUUUUCUAUUAUUAACUAUCAUAAAAAUUGUUCAUUUACUUUGUUAAUAUUUUCAUGUGUUAUGCUUUCCCUUGACAAUUCUUUAACAUUUCAAGAAAUUCAAGAAACAUUAUAUAAAUCAUCUAAAAUGGGAAGUUCAACUGAUAAUGAUACUGAAACUGAUAUUGGAAGUGAUUUUGAAAAUGACAUGAAUAAAAUAAAAGAACUAGGCAUAAACGAAAAAUAUUGUACCGAAUCUAACUAUUUGUUAAAAGAAUAUGAAUAUUUACCUAAUUAUGAAAAUUGUAAUAACAAAGUUAAUAUUUUAAAUAAAAAUUUUGAUGAUAUUGAAUAUAAUCAAGGCCUUUGUAAAGUUUCAUCUGAAAAAUCAGAUUUGCUCCAUUAUAACCAUAUAUGUGAGCAAAAUAAAUAUAAUAAUAAAAUAUAUAAUCGAAAUAAAAAUGAAGACGAAAAUAUUUUUAACAAUGUAGUGGAAUCUAGAAAAUAUAGCAACUUCAGCAUGAGUAAUAGUAUUAAUGAAAUUAGAUAUACUAGAAAUAUAUAUACAAAUGAAAAGGGAGAAAUCAAAAAUACAUACAAUGAUAAUAGUAAAGAAAAUACUAGUCCUUUAAAAAAAAAUUUCCAAUAUCAUACACUCAAUUUAGCCAAUAAAGAUAAUAUAAUAUAUAACGAUACUGAAUUAGAUAAGACAAAAAAAAAAAAGAUAAAAAAAAAUAUUUCCAACUCUUGGGGAUUUGGAUCGCCUAAUAUAGAUACACAUAAAAAUAAAAGUAAAAUAAAAGAUCAUCAUUUUUGGAUACCAUUUGAUUAUUGGAAAGCGUCACAUAAACGAUACUUUUUUUAUAUGUAUGAACUAAUUAAAAAUAAAAAUAAGCAAACUAAAAAUAUUCCAUACAAAUUAAAGAGUAUAAUUUUUACUGAUUAUGUCUUAUGUUCGUUGUCAGUAGAAGUAUAUGAAGUUAUAUAUAAAGAUAAUAAAUAUUUUUCUUUUAAUGAUUUAUCGAAUACUCAAUUAAAUAUUGACAAUUCUACUGAUGGAAAACAAAUAUAUAGUGAUAAAAAUUGUUCAGAUAUUAUUUAUACGUCUACUGAUGAUGAAUGCAUACAGGAUGAUGUAAAAGAGAAAAUAAAAAAUAAAAGUAAAAAAAAGAUUGAAAAAAAAAAAAAAAAAAAAAAAACACCUUGUUGUGACUGUAAAUUUGGCUUUACAAAUAGAUCUUCUAUAUCAUCUUGCAAUCAGGAUGAUGAUAAAACUGAAACAAAUGAUAUAAAUGAACAAGAAACUGUUAAUAAUGAGAAUACAAAUAUUAAGUAUAAAAAAAUGUACGAUUUAAAUAUUCCUUAUAUAAAUGAAAAACAAUCAUCUGAUUUAUCUUUCAUCAAUAAUAGACAUCAUAAAAUUAAUUAUCAAAAAGUUGUAAAUGUAGAUAAAAAAAAGGAACACAACAUUUAUAUAGGGAAUAAGGAUUUUCAAGAAGAUAUAAUAAAUAACAAUAAUUUAAAACAUGACAAAAAUUCAAUUUGGAAUGUAGAAAAGGCAAAAUCCACAAGUAACAUAGAGAGAUUAUGCUCAUCUUGUAAUUUGCCAAAAUCUUCAAAAUUCCAUAUCAAUAAAAGAAAGGUAAAAUCAUUAAAUAAUUUAUCAAAAAAUUAUGAAAUGUUUGAUAAUAUUAUUUUAGAAAAUGAUGAAAAAGAUAAUUACUUACUUUGUAACAAAAAUUCUAUUUGCAAUUGUAGUAUAGAUAGUCAUAAUUGCAAUAAAAAUAACGAUAGCUUUUUGUUUGAAGAAAAUAGUAAAAACAGUUCGCUAAUUAAUGCAGAUUCUGUCACUAUGUUUGAAUCAAAUUCAUUUAUAAAAUUGGCAUCUCCAGGAAAUAAAGAAAACAAUAGUUUCAAAAAAAAACAAAAAGAAUCUACAAAGAUAUCUGGAGAAGAAGAUGAUAAUUUAAAUUUUGUUACAAAUAACGAAAUUAGGGAAUAUAAUAUUUUAGAAGAAAAUAAAUGUCAAUGUAAAGAUAUAAAAAAAACAGAGAACGGAAUAAAAAAAGACAAAAUAUAUAAUACGAUAAAAAAAAAAACGAAAAAUGAAUUUUUUAAUAAUAAUGAGCUUGAUGAAAAAUUAUUAGGAUCAUGUACAAGACCUGGGUAUGAAUAUAUAUUAAAAUGUAAUCAUUUAAAUUAUAAUUUUAUUUCAUCUUAUGAAAAAAACAAAAAAAAAUAUGUAACCAUCGAUUUUACUCACGAUUCAGAAGGUAAUGAAAAAGAACAUAUUAUAUGUGGGGAUAUUCUUAUAUUAAUUGGUCAUAAAAAUGCGGAUAAAUAUCACAAGGGCUUUUGUACUUCAUAUUCUUUUCAUACUGGAUUUUUAAAAGGUUCAACUUCUGAAAUUAUUCAUAUUAGAAAAGAAGAUAUGGAUAUUAAUAGCAAUUAUGAAAAUUAUAUUCCAGAUUCAUCAAAAUUGUCUGUAGUUUUAGAACCUACAACUAAUAAUGAUAAUAUAAAUGCUUAUAAAAAAAUAUUAGUGGAUAAUAAUAGAAUCGAAGAUUUGAAAGAAUUACAAAAACAUGAAGAAAACAAUAUUUUUAUGGAUACAGAAAUAAAUAACCGAUCAUUUAAUGAGGAUAAAAAAGAAAACGAUAUUAUUAAUAUAGAAAGUGGAAGUAAUAGUGAUAACCAAACUAAUAAGAAAGAAAUUCUCACAAAUAAUUUGAAAGCGAAUGUUCCAUCUACUAUAGACAAAAAUCGAACAAAUUCAGACAGUAUUGAAAAGCAAAGACAAAAGUCUGUACUUGAUGGAGAAAAGAAAAAUAGAAGAAGUAUAUUUCAAUUAAUUAAUAAACAAACUAAAAGUGGAAGUAUAGAAAGUGAAGAGAAUCAAAAAAGAGAAGGAGAAAAAACCUCGAAAAACGAAUAUUUUAAAAAAUGUUCUGAUAGUUGCCCGGAGGAUGCAAAUCAAAAAAUAGGGGAAACAAAAGAAGUAAAAGAUAAUUCCUGCAUUAAUAUUAGUAGUAAUCAUAAAAGAAUGGAAUUAAAUUCAAGAGUAAACUAUAAUAUAUAUUCGUCAUUUAGUGAAAAGGAAACUAAAUCAAAAUAUAGUACAUCUAACAUAACUCAAUUGUUAUCUUCAUUAUUUGGAUUCAAAAAUAGAGAUGAUAAAUUUUCAUUAUUAAAAAAACAACAUGCGGGAUCUUUAUUAUCCUCAAAAAAAACAUUUUCAAAUUUAAUUUCGUUAAAUGAUUUUUUGCAAAGACAAUAUGAAAUAAUAUCAAAACCAUCAGAAAGUUUGUCAAAUUUUGUUUUAAGCCAUGUAAAAAAAGUUAACAUGCCAUUAGUGCAAUAUUUAAAGGAAAUAACUUAUUUGUCUAAUUUAGAAAUAUUUUUAUCUUUAAAAAUAUGUAACAAUGAUAUUUAUAAAGCCUUGAAAUUUAUUGAAGCAACCUGGGGUUUAGAUACAGUAAAAGGUGAUGGAAAUAGAAAAGAUAAUAACAUUAUAUUAAAUACAAAUAGUAACAAUACUACUAUUAAUAACUCUAAACCUGAUACACCAAUACUGAACGAUUUGACAAAAUAUAAUGAAGAGAAAAUUAAAGACACCAUACUUGAAGAAAGCAAAAAUAAAUUUUUAUCAAUUUCUGAUAAAAUGCUGAAUAUACCUCAAAAUAUAAAACUCACAGAUACUAAUAAAAUAAAUCUUGAACCUUCUGAUAAAUUGAAUAAAGACGAAUCUAUAAAUAAUCAAAAUAUAGAACCAUUAUGGAAUAAAAAUAAUAAUGUGUUUUCAAAUGAAGAAAAUAAUAAUAGUAAUGAUAAAAACAACUUAAACUGUCAGUUAAAUAACACUAAUAAAAUACAAGAUGAAGAAAAUGAAACAUUGCAAACUGAAUGGUUAACAAAACAAUGCAAAGGUACAAUAAAGGACUAUGCAAACAUAUAUGAGAGUAAAAUACAACAAAAAAGGGAUUCGAUCUCAUAUUAUGUUAACAAAAAAUCUCUGAAAAAUAAAGAUACACCAAAGCUUGUUACGCAUGAAAGCGGUAUCAAAAUUUCCAAGUUUGAAAUUGACAAAGUGGAAUAUGAGAAAAUGGAAUAUGAGAAAGUGAAACACGAGAAAGUGGAAUAUGAGAAAGUGGACACUGUUGAAGUGGUGAAAGAGGAAAAGAAGAAAACUGAAUCUAUUGAAAAGGAAAGUGAAAAUAGUUCUAGUAUAUCAAGUAGCAUAAAUACACAUGACAUUCUUUUAAAAGAGGAGAAUAAUAUUAAUGAUAAUAUUAGUAAUAAUAUAUUAAAAAAAUUAGGAGAAAGUAAUUUUUUUUAUGCUAAAUUACCUAGUGGUGAUUUGGUUAAGUUAAAAAUCCAAGAACCACAUAAUUUAGAUAUUCAUGACAAUGCUCCUUUAUUAUUAAUUGAAUCCGUAAAUUUGACAGAAAAAUCCAUAAAUGUUCUAGAUGUAUUAAUAAACGAAAAAAAAAAUAAUAAUGAUGAUGAUAUAAAAAACAAUACUACAAUUAGUGAUCAUAACAUAAAUAAUUUGGAAAAGAAGUAUAGUGAAAUAAAUAAAAAGACGGAAAUCGUUGAAUCUAUAAAUAGCAUUGAAACAGAAGAUGGUUCUACUCUUUAUAAAACUUACAAUUCCACCGAUUUUAUAUCGUCCAUUUCAGGAACAAAUUUUAGGGAGAGGGAAUUUUCGACCCAAAAAUCGGAGGAUCCACUUUAUGAGGAUUCGAAAGCGAAAAAGGUAGAAGAAAAAAAAGAAGAGAUAAAAAUAGACGAGAAAAAAACAGAGGUAGAAGAAAAAAAAGAAGAGAUAAAAAUAGACGAGAAAAAAACAGAGGUAGAAGAAAAAAAAGAAGAAAUAAAAAUAGACGAAAAAAAAACAGAGGUAGAAGAAAAAAAAGAAGAAAUAAAAAUAGACGAGAAAAAACCAGAGAUUGAAGAAAAAAAAGUGAAAGAGAUAAAAAUAGACGAAAAAAAAAUAGAAGUAGAAGAAAAAAAAGUGAAAGAGAUAAAAAUAGACGAGAAAAAAACAGAGGUAGAAGAAAAAAAAGAAGAGAUAAAAAUAUACGAAAAAAAAGCAGAGGUUGAAGAAAAAAAGGUGAAAGAGAUAAAAAUAGACGAAAAAAAAGCAGAAGUAAACGAGAAAAAAACAGAGGUAGAAGAAAAAAAAACAGAAGUAGAAGAAAAAAAAGCAGAGGUAGAAAUGAAAAAGACGAUGGAAAAAAAGGCAUCGACGAUUGGACCGUCGACUAAAGCGAUUUCCGCAAAAACAAUAAUAAAAAAAUCAACUCAGAAAAAACCCCCACCACCCCUUCCAAAAUCAUUGGCAAAAGCUGGUCCUCCCAAAGAAGCGAGUGAACCUCAACCUGACGAAAUUUCAACGAAGGAUUGUAGCAAAAUAACAAAUGUUUCUAAAAAAAAUGGUAAAAAAGCACCAAACCUUCCAGCAUUUCUUUUAAAUAAAAUGAACAAUGGAAAAUCAAAAGGUGUUUUAAAAAAAUGCCCACCAGGUCUAUGUUUAAAAAAAGCAGGAAAGCUUGAAGAAAAAAGACCACUAGGUAUUAAACUACAUUGGCAAUUAUUACCAACACAUAAAAUUGAAGGAACCGUUUUUAACGAAAUAAAAACUCAAGAAGUUAAAUAUAACUUAAUAGACACUAAAACUGUACAUAAAUUAUUUUCAAGAAUAAAACAAGAAAAAAAAGUUGUAAAGAAAAGUGUAGAAGAUAAGAAAAAAAGUAACGAAGAAAAAUUAAUUACAGUUCUCGAUAGGACAAGAGCACAGAAUAUUGGAAUAUUAUUAAGAUUUCCAAUUAGCACACAAGAAAUAGUAAAUAAAAUAAAUGUAUUUGAUUUAGAAAAUAUUAAUACAGAAUUUUUACAAAAGGUAUUACAUAUAUUGCCAACAAAAGAAGAAAGUGAUGGAAUUUUAGAAAAAUUAAAAGGUGAAGGUGUUAAUGAAGAAAGUUUUCGAGAUGUUGAAAGAAAAUUAAUACCUUUUAUUCAUUCAAAUAAAUUUCAAUGUAAAAUUGAAAUAUGUUUAUUUUCAUUAAAAUAUGAUAAAAUAAUAAAUGAUAUAAAUAAAGAUUUAGAUACAUAUGAUAAAGCAAUAAAAGAAGCACGAUCUAGUACACGUUUAAGAUCUUUAUUAAAAGCUGUUUUAAAAUGGGGAAAUUAUGUUAACUAUGGAAUAAAUGAUAAUCAAGAUUUGGUUGCAUUGGGAUUUACUUUAUCUUCUGUUUUAAAAUUGACUGAAUUUAAAGCAUCCUUAGAUAGUUCUAUUACAUCUUUACAUUAUAUUACUGUUAGUUUGUGUAUUUCUUUACCCAAUUUAAAUAUGAAUCAUUUAGAAAACGAUUUACAUUCUGUCUUAUUAGCAUCUAAGAUGUCAUCAGAAUCUGUUGAUAUUAUGUUUGCAUUAUUAGAUAAAGAAAUAAAUUAUAUUAAAAGUCAAUUAAAUUGUAACUUUGAAGAAAAGUUUAUGGAAAAAAUGAAAGAAGCUUUGCAUGAUAGUGAAACAAAAUAUAUUAAAUCUAUGGAAAAAUAUCAGCAAAUUAAAAAAGAAGUAUAUGAAUUAGGAAAAUAUCUAGGAGAAGAUAUUCCAAAAACAGGAAACCUAGAAAAUAUAUUUAUUAUUUUAUCAUCUAUUGUUAAUAAUUUUACAAAAUGUUACAAAGAAAUUUCAGCUAAUACAAAAAAAUUUGCAAUUAUGUUAAAUGAUGAAAGUUUGUUAAAUGAAUAUUAUAAUGUUUUUAAUAAAAAUAAAAGUAGAUAUUCAAAUAAUUUAAAAAAUUCUAACACAGCUAAUAAAAAUUCUUUAAAUGAAACUAAUAAACAAAAAAGUGUUAUAACCCCCAAAGGUCAAAUAAAAAUUAAAAUAAAUAAUACUAAACCAAGUGCUAAAAAUAAUAACGCUAAAGUAUCAAUGUUUCAACUUAAAAAUAUGUUGUUUCGAGAUAUUCAAAAUGCAGCACUUAUAAAAAAAAAUGCUAAUACAAGUUCUUUAAAAAAACAAAAUGAUAAAUCUAUUGAUGAAAAUCAUAAUAAAAAAGAUGAGCACACAAAAUGUGCAGAAAAUUUGAAAAAUGCAAAUAAUACGGAAAAUAUCGAAAAAGAAACUAAAGAUUCAUUUUCAAAAAAUGACGAAAACAACCCAAAGGAAAAUAGCCAAGAAACUUCUUGCGUUGAGGUUUUGCCCACAUUAACUGAUAUACCUACUGUUUCUAAUUGUCUUAAUGAUAAUAAUAAUAAAGAGGAUGAUAGUAAAAACGACAUUGUAGCAACUUCCCCUAUCUUAAGUGAACCCUUAAGAGUAGAUCAUUUAAUUAAUGAUGAUGACACUAAAGAAGAGACAUCAAAAUAG